GCUUCUCCUUGUGCGGGUCACCGGCUCUCGCCGCCGCCGUCAACAGGACACGCCCGCGCAAUCAAGGGGGAGAGCGAGCACACUAUGCUGCGGGCGGCGGCGUCGAGGUGCGCCCGCGGCGCCAUCCGGCGGCUCUCAUCGGCGGCAUCCCCGGCUGCUGUCGCCGCGGGCGCUCGGCGCCAGCCUCCUCUGGACGAGGGGGACUGGUCCUACCACCGGGAGUGGUGGGGCGAGGACGAGGGCCCCGGCGAGGGGGCGCACACCGUCUUCCGCCGCCACUCCGAGCACGGCAACGGCGUCGUCUCCGUCUCCGCGUACCCCGCAUCCCGCCCGGCCAGUGACGAGUGGACAGUAACAGAGAGAUGGCUUCAAGAAAGGAACGCAAGAAUAUACCCAAAUUCAUUUGGUGCCAACCAGUUUAAGAUACUAGGUUACCAGUGGCGAGUAAUGCGGUUCAAUGAUCAUACGCGGCAAAGUGUUGCCAAAGUAAUGGCCUGCUACAGGUCUUCGGGUGACACGGGGAUGUACUUGAUGCAGCAACCACAUUGUUUGGCUGUUCCUUAUGUUAAGAGUAUGGUAUCAGCAGGGUUGACAGCACUACCUUGUUGUUCUUAUGAUCUCCAUCAAGCAGUUUCUGGACAGAACAAUAUGAAAAUUCUUUGUAUUGGCCAUGGUGGUGGCAGCUUACCAUUGGUUUUGGCUAGCAAAUUCAGAGGUGCUGUUGUUCAUAUUGUGGAAAUUGAUCCAGUUGUUGCUUCAGCUUCAAUUGAUUCUAUGGGUUUCCCCUCAUUACCUGUGAAAGGGUUACCACCGGAGCCCACGAAGCCUGCCAAUGGCAAUGAGCUGUUGUGGGGAGGCAUCCAUGACCGGCUUUUCCUCCAUAUCGCGGACGCUGAAGAUUUCGUCGCAAACGACAGCAAUGUAUACGAUUUGGUCUUCAUCGAUGCGUAUGACGGCGACGACAUAUUUCCUCGCAAGCUCUGGGACGCAGAGGGAACAUUCCUCAAGAACCUUGAGAUGAAAGUCCACCCUGUCCAUGGCACCGUGGUGGUGAACCUACACUCUGACUCGGAGCUAUCUGUUGCUGGUGUGGAGAAAACCUCCUCUGUGGAUAGCAUUCUUCCGCUGGGCAAACAUGUCUCCCAGGUCUGCAGGGCGUACAAGCAGCAUUUCGGGCUAGCCUUCACAGCGGCCGUCCCUUGGCUCUGCAACAUCACCCUCGUCGCCUGCCGUGACAGGGCCAUAGCAAGCGGUGCACGGCUUGGGCUUAGCCGUAGGGACUUUGUUCUUGGCAAGCUUCUGUCGAAAUCGAACAUGGUCGAGCACGCGCUGGACCUGCCGUUCCCUUGUCUGCAGUACAUCAAGAAUGGUUUCACGCUAGUCGAUUGAUGAAUGCACUAGUAGGAUCAUUAUUUUCCCUUUUUUUUUCUUUUCUCUCGUCAGCGUAGCUAGCCUUCUCAUUUUCUUUCUGGUGUCGUUUUUGUUUGACGAUUUGUGUCAAGUAAUCCUUUUGCUCCAAAGCUUGUGCGGUGCAUUUGCUGCUUACACGGCAUUUUGACUA